AUGGCGUCCAAUUCGCAGACUAUGAUAAUCGAAAUCAAGUAUAUUAACUCAAAAAAUGCUGGUGUAACAAGAAUCGUUAGAGGGAGUGAUGGCCUACCCAUAUCAUCACGAGCAGUGCAUGUUGCUUGGCCUGGUAAAGAUAUUUUGUUCUGCGAAGAGCACUCUGUUAAGCUCUUUGAAUCUGGGGCUGUUGUUGUGAUUGCAGGAUACAGUAAAGGUGACAGUGAAGGUGCUGGAGUACGUGAAGUAUUGCUCAGGGAAGGCAAGAGAGCUACAGUCCUUGGCAAAAGAAACCACCGAUGUGCCAUAGGGUACUUUAUCAAACAAGUGUUUGAAGUCAUUGGAACUGAUGGCACAAUCGCUUCGCAAGGUAGAGCACAAUAUCAAAGAUCUGUCUUCUCAAGGUUUCUAGGUGAACUUGAAUUAGAAUCACUCCUGGCGUUAAAUGUUGAGAACCAAUAUGAAGUCACUCAUUUUAAGAAGGAAACAUUUACUCUCUACGAAUACGCACAGAUUUUUAGUUCAUCAGUUGAAGAAGGAGUAAAGAGAGUGACACCAUGGUCUGCACAUUAUUACACGCAUCCCAACUCAUACUACGCUGUUGAACCUUCCGCUACUGGCCAGUUAGUCCUUGCUGAAAUUCCCAAACCGGUCGGAGAAAGAUUGUCCAGAAAUGAUGAAGCAGAGAUUAGAGUGUGGGCAAAACAAUACGACAAGUGUGUAAGGCAGCGAAGUGUACGACAAGACAACACAAUGGACAGAGCUGGGACACUGCCUCUGAAUUUGUAUGAAACACAGACAUUGCUUAAUCCAUUAGAUUUGCAGUUUGUACUUCCUUGUGUGCAAAGCUCAGUGCCGGGGGAAAGUGCAGAACGUCCAGAGGGUAAGUCUGAUGAACAGCCUGCGGAGGUUCUCUCCUGCAAUGAUCAAAGUGACGAGUACAGCAGCAGCGAAAGUGGAGACAGUGAGAAGACAAAGACUGCUCACCAGAAGAAUGAGAGAUUUUCUUCAGUCCAGGUGAAGGUAUGUGUGUAUCCAAACAACGUCAGUCAAGCAUUUAAUUAAUUAUACACAGUAGUCUGCAAACAAUCACUAGGAAUGGGAUUUUAGAUUUGGUAACUGGGAUUUGGACCCAAUUUAAUCUGGGAACUGGGAUUUGGUACCCCCCUUCAUGACCCUCUCUUUGGCUGUAAUUGUACGACAAUAUUAGUUUAGUUUCAGAUGUUAUUGCUUAGUACAUGUACAUCUAAACAUGCAGUUGCAGAAAAUAUCCAUACCCAUGGCCAGUCUUAAGAAAUUCUAAGAACAAGGUAAAGGAGGGGGCAGCUCCCAAAGAAAAAACGUCCAUGAGGGGUAUGGAUCGUUUCUCAAGCAAGACAAUGUGUGAGAAAUUAAUUACACACAUAUAUGCUUCAGGAAAUAUCUUACUUGUUAAUGCCAACUUUCAGAAAAUUUGUAAUCCAGAGUGUCAGUGAUGUGUCCAGUUCAUAAAUUUGACAUGUUGACACUGGACACGUUUUUAAAUCUGUACUUGAACAUCACUAACUGUUGGCCAACUGAAAAUGGAAUUAGAUAUAGACAAGUUAAAAAGCUUCAAAAAAUUGCCAAAGUUGAAAAUUUUGGGGUGGUCCGUACUCAGGGUCCAGAUGGGAAAAGCCAUACUGCUGGAGCAUGCUCGGUUAGCCAAUCAGAUUCAAGUAUUUAGGAUUCCAGACUGCUGAGAAGCUGGAGAAAGAAAUAAGAAAAGAUAUUUUCCAAGUCACCAAAUUUCAGGUUAUUCAGGAUUAACAUGCACAUCUCUACAUGACUACAUAUCUAAACUAAAACCAACAUCGUUAAACCGUUAACCCCUACAUUAGUCCAUAUUCCUCCCACAGAUUGAAUCCUCCCCCUCCCUAAUAACUAAAAUAACACUAUUAACAUGUAAAUUUGCUUUUCAGAUACACUUUACACAUGGCUGGUACAUACACGUAUUAAGUAUAGGCAGACUUUGAAGUUUGCCUUCAAAAAUAACCCAUGACCAGUUCUUGUGAUGAAAUGAGGACAACUAUUCAAUGGCAAGAAGUGCUUAGGAUAAAAAGUUUGGAUUACAACAAAAAAACAUCAUUGUAUCUUACCUGAUGAUGCUUACAUACAGUUUCCCUUACUGUCUACAUCAGUUAAUGUACUCCAUAAACUGACACUAAAUAAUUUUGUUUUUUCUAAUUCCAAUUUUUUUUAAAAAAACAUCACUGUUAGUCCUGAAAAAGCAAAUAGUUGUUAUUAGUCUUUGCAGUCGCAAAUUUUCUUUACAUGAUGUCCAAUGUAAGUCAUGUUAUACUGAUAAAUUGUACCAAUCUUAACUUUUUUCUUACUUUCACUGCAACUUUUUGCAAUGACAUU